CCUCAGAAUUCUACCAUUAACAGUACACGCCAUGGAUCAUGAUAACAUGCAUAACAUGCCACCACCAUCAUCAUCAAUGACGAAUCAUACCAAACCCCACAUGAUGAUGAUGCACAUGACCUUCUUCUGGGGCAAGAACACGGAGGUUCUCUUCUCCGGAUGGCCAGGGACAAGCUCCGGUAUGUACGCUCUUUGUCUCAUCGUCGUUUUCCUCCUCGCCAUAAUCGCCGAGUGGCUCGCCCAUUCUCGGAUCCUCCGUGGUGGUGACGGCACCAGCCGCGCUGCCGGUAUCGCUCAGACCACUGUGUACACUCUCAAGACUGGCCUCUCCUAUCUCGUGAUGCUCGCUGUGAUGUCCUUUAAUGGUGGCGUUUUUAUCGUUGCUAUCGCCGGUUAUGCAGUGGGUUUCUUGCUUUUUGGAAGCACUGCUUUCAAGAAACCCUCUUAUGACCAGAAAACCACCGGACCUCUCCCGCCGACGUCAGGCUGCGUUUGCUGAUAAUUUACGUUUGUGUGUAGUUUGCUUUGUCUCGAGUUUUCAUAUUUCAUUUUCAGUUUACAAACAUGUUGCAAGAAAUAAUCGGAUAUAAGCUAUCACAUACGCAAGGAUUGUAUCAUGAAAUUUUAUGAUAAUCACUUCAUUUUUACCAUAAUUUUCC